CCAGUACCAUCGACGCAUCCCGCGUACACAAAUCAACGCAUAACGGAGCAUGCAGCGCGGACGCGGCCAGGACCGAGGCAGAGGCGGUGCACCUCCACGGGGCGGGGCGCCAAGAGGAGGGGGCGGCUACCGAGGAGGGCCUCCUGGUGGCGGCGGUGGUCGCGGUAGCCCUGUACCAAGUUCGCCUGGGUACGGUCCCCCUCCUAGCGAGGGUGGGGGAUAUCGCGGCCCUCCCGGAGAGGGCGGACCAUACCGCGGUGGCGAUCGCGGCGGAUAUCGUGGCGGCGACCGUGGAGGAUACCGAGGCGGCGACCGCGGAGGCUUCCGGGGUGGUGACCGCGGCGGCGGUUACGGUGGAGGUGACCGAGGAGGCUACAGUGGAGGUGAUCGCGGAGGUUAUGGUGGUGAUCGCGGCGGUUAUGGUGGUGGCGAUCGUGGCGGGUACGGUGGUGGCGAUCGUGGCGGGUACGGUGGUGGCGACCGUGGCGGAUAUGGCGGGGGUGAUUGCGGUGGUUACAGAGGUGGCGAUCGCGGAGGCUAUCGUGGAGGAGACCGUGGCGGUUUCCGAGGAGGGGACAGAGGCGGUUUUGGCGGUCGCGGUCGAGGGCGCGAACCCGGAGGCGUCUUCGCCCCAGAUCGGCCGGCCAAUGUUGACAUGCGUACCCUGGAUAACUCUCAAGACGCGCUCAUAGCGUCGUUCCAGACGCUAAGGAUAGGCGAAAGGGAUCUGCCUUCCCGACCUGGCUUUGGUGCCUAUGGACAACCCAUCAAGCUGAGGGCGAACUUCUUCCCCAUCAACGUGCCGAAGGGGCCCAUCUACGAAUAUGCCGUCGCUAUCACCCCCACAGUAGCCAACAGGCAACUGAAGCGCAGAAUAUUCCAAUUGGCUGAGGAGACCGACGUAUGGAAGAAAACAAAACUCACAGGCAGGGUGGCGCAUGAUCGUGCCGGGAAGCUCGUCUCCUCAUUCAAAAUUCCCCAGCCGUUGGAAAUCACUAUCUCGUAUACAGAGGAGGGAACAGAGGACGACGAGAAGCCAAAAGAGCCCAAGGAUUAUGUCAUGAACAUCAACUACGUGCAGCCUAUCGAUACGCAGCCCUUGACCAAGUUUCUAGAGGGACACCCCCAAUACCGGAACCACGAUAUUAUGCCAGUCAUUAACGCGCUGAACCUUAUCCUUGCGAUGCACCCCAACCGCGCCACUGGCGGCGGUAUCAUGGUCGGGCGGAACAAGUUCUUCCACCCGUCUCCAACCUCCCCUCCUGUCCCGCUCGGGGGCGGACUCGAGGCAUGGCGCGGCUUCUUUUCUUCUGUACGCCCAGCGUGGAAACAACUGAUGGUGAACGUGAACGUGUGUACGACCGCGUUCUACACGCCAGGCAACCUCGCGGAGCGCAUGAUGGAGUUCAUGAACGCGAGUUACGGCGCGCGCCCCUCGGUGUUCGUCCGUGGUAUUCGCGUCAAGACUACGCAUCUCGGGUACCGGAAGACUGUGAAGACGGUCGCGCAGGUCAACGCGCAGCAACACAAGUUCAUGGUGGAAGACCUCGGCGAGGUCACCGUGGAAGAAUACUUUGUGAAGAAAUACAACAUUCGUCUCCGGUAUCCGGACCUACCGCUCAUCGACGUCGGCGGGCAGAACUCGAAUUUUCUCCCGGCCGAGGUCUGCAUCAUCCUAGAGAACCAGCCGUUCAAGGGCAAGCUCCUCGACGAGCACACGGCCGCCAUGAUCACCGUUGCGUGCCAGCCCCCGAACAUCAACGCGCAAGCUAUCGUCGGGCGCGGCCUCCACGAGUUCGGCUUCGCACAGACCCCUCCCCCGCUGAGCUCGUUCGGCGUUUCCAUCGGGUCUGAGAUGGCGGUCGUCCCCGGGCGUAUUAUUCCUCCUCCAGUGGUACGCUACCUGGGCGGACCAUUAGCCGGCGUCGACGAACGCGCCUCGUGGAACCUCCGUGGGGUGCGCUUCUCCAUCGGCGCGCGCCUCGAGAGGUGGGCAGUUUUGCUCAUCCAGGACGGGAACCGGCGCGACGAGUUUCAAGGGCCUAACGACCCCGAGCUGGACCGGACAGUGUCCGGCUUCGCUGAUAUGUGCCGGCGGAGCGGGAUGAACGUCGACCAAGCGAAGCCGGCCAUCGUCGAGGUGCAAUUACCGCCUAAGCGGCCCGAGGACCCGUUGCGCAAGGCAGCGAUCCAGCAAAUUCGCAACGUGCUCACGACCAUGAAGUCGAAGCCGAAGAUCGUGCUCGUCAUCCUCUCGAACGGAGACCGGCAUGUGUACUCGGGCUUGAAGCACCUCUGCGAUGUGUACCUCGACGUGGCGACGGUGUGCGUGCACGCCGCGAAGUUCCGCAAGGAGAAGGGCCAGCCACAAUAUUUCGCGAACGUCGCGCUCAAGUUCAACAUGAAGCUCGGCGGAGUGAACCACGAGCUGGGCGAGCAGAAUACGGCGUGGUUGAACAGCCAGCCGACGAUGCUCGUAGGAAUGGACGUGACGCAUCCUGGUGCAGGCACCGUCCGGGGCACGCCGUCGAUUGCCGCGGUCGUCGGCACUAUUGACCAUCGUAUGGCCCAGUUUCCUGCGAGCUUGCGCUUGCAGGAGUCAAAGAAGGAGAUGAUUACCGACUUGCGAGCUAUGAUGGAGGAACGUCUCCUCGCGUUCAUGGGCCAGAACCAGAACAUGCUACCGUCGCGUGUACUGGUCUAUCGAGACGGUGUAUCUGAGGGACAAUUCAAGAUCGUCCUCGAUGAAGAAAUGCCACAAAUGAAGGCUGCGUUCGCACGCUUCAGUGCUCCAGGAAGGCCUUAUAACCCGCUGCUCACUAUUGUGAUUUGCGGAAAACGACACCACACCCGAUUCUUCCCCACCGACGUUGCCCAUGCCGCGCAAGACGGAAACCCCAAGCCGGGAACCGUUGUCGACAGAGGAGUAACGGCUGUGUAUGAGUACGACUUCUUCCUGCAAGCGCAUGGAGGUCUCCAGGGAACGACGCGCCCGACGCACUACUACGUCGUCCGAGACGAGAUUGGGAUCGGCGCAGACCAAUUGCAGGUCCUCACCAACGAUAUCAGCUAUAUGUUUGGGCGUGCGACCAAGGCGGUCAGCCUCGUUUCUCCAGCCUACUAUGCCGACCUCGCGUGCGAGCGCGGCAGGUGCUACAUCAUCUCGCUCUUGCAGGGUAUCUCUGAUUCUGGAACGACGGCGACGAGUGGAAGCGGAAAGAAUGACGGCAACGAAGAAGUCAUGACCGAGGCGAAGAAGCUGUGGCGAUUCGACAAGAGUCCCAACGGCGUUGGCGGAUCGCUGAAGGAUACCAUGUUCUAUCUGUGAACCAGGCGAAGAUACCGAUACCUCAAGCUUACUGGACUGUAUUUUAUGGAACACCUCUAGGAUGUAUAUCAUUCCCGUCAAUCUCAUUGACGGCACCAUAACUUGACGUUGGC